CUCAGGUACUGUACCAAUUAGACUAUUUCGACGAUUGCUCUUCAGCUGAACAAGGGAGUUAACUUACUUCUCUAUCUAUCAAUUAUAUCUUCCUACCAGCGAUAAAAUCGAUAUCGGUAGACCACCGUACCUUUUAUCACUCAACAUGUCCUCCUUAUAAAGUCCUCGGGCCCACCAGAAUGUAUCAUACCUAAAAAUUUUAAAUCCAUAAUUUUAACCGUCUCCUUUUCCCCAUCCCCUCUUACAAUUCCUUAGUUUUUCUCAUAAACUUUAGAUCGAAACAAGAAACGCCAUGAGGCUCUUCCUGAUUCCCAUCUCGACACGGCGCACUCUUGUCUACGCCCAGCGUCUGAACAAGAUAACUCUUGCAGAACCAUCCUACGCUGAUAAAGCCUCGGCCAAGGCUGCCAAUGUUUGGCUACAAUGGGAAACCGGAAAAGCUGGCUGGCAACGAUGGAUUACGGAUGCGGGCAACAAACUAUUCAACAGGAUACACCACGAGGAAUGGAGUCUGAAAUCUAUACCGCCUCUAUCUGCACGCCGAAAAGACAGGGGAGCCGACAAGCAGAAGAUAGAAGUGCUAUAUCCACCUUCAGUCAUCAAGGAGAAGAACGUCUCGCCUAUACUGCAAAGGCUUGCCACCGAGCGUAACCGAAUUCAUCGUACCCGAAUGAUCUGGUCCAUAGUUGGAAUGCCUAUUGUCGCUCCGUUUGCUAUUGUUCCUGUCAUCCCAAACAUACCCUUUUUUUACCUCUUGUAUAGAGCCUUCUCUCACUGGAAAGCAUUGUCUGGUGCAAAGCACCUAGAAUUCUUACUUAGCCGAAAUCUUCUUGCCCCCACUCCAGCAGCCUCCCUCGAAUCGGUAUAUAGACCAAUAGUGUUGGAGAUGGGGUCAGGGAAGAAGGACAGCGGUGGGCUGGCGCAUGCAGAAGUUAUGCUAAUUAGGAAAGGACAUGCUCAAGAGAUUGCAUCAGUCACAGGAAUUCCUGCCUUGGCCGUAGAAUGCGAGCGUGCCUACAAGCAAGUAGAGGAGCACAUAAAAGAAGACCUAAAGAAAAAGAAACUAGAAUGAUAGUGGAACACUUAGGAGCGCUAGAUAGGCCUAUCAACCCCACAUCACGGUCAUUGUAUCAUAUUUCUAUGCUGAGUGCAUAAAGACAGGUUGCUAGAUAGAUAGGUUAACAGUAAUGGAGAACAUGACAGAUUUCGUAUA